CUCGUCACUGUCAUCAAUCCUUCAUAGAAGAAAACAUGUCAAAAGUCGUCUUCUCACACCGUGGAUGCCUGCUUAAACAGUGAUUCUAGAGAUACAUAUUUCUCCUUCGACAACCAACGCCUCUAUCAGUCCAAAACGAGUCCGGCAAGUUCAGGGCUUGGCAUCAACUUGGUCACAUGGAUUUCAAUCUCAACCACCUGACAGUUGUUUCAACUUUGAUCACAUCCAUUGUCGUAUUGGAUCCUCCUUUCCUCACAGCAGAGGAGGACCUUCUGUGCGUGACAGAGCCAGUCUUUCGCAGAAAUGUCUCUUGACAAGAUUACCCUUCCCACGUAUUCUUGUACGGUUUGCGGAAAGUCCUUUUCUCGAUCUGAUACCCUGCUUCGUCAUGGGAAGAGCCACCAUGCCACGGACGACCGCGGACCUGUCCAUCGUGUCAUCUCCGGUACUUUUAGAGCAUGCCGCUCUUGUGCAUUAGCAAGAUCACGAUGUUCUGGUGGAACUCCAUGUGGUCGCUGUACCACUCGUCGCCUCACUUGCGAAUACCCUCGUAGAGGACGGACAGAAACCACCGAGAACCAAACCUCAUCCUCGGCUGGUUCUAACGCACCAACACUAAGCCAGGCACCGCAAGACCACUUUGGAGAGCUGGUAUUUGUCCAUGGCAAUGAUACUGCUCAGUUUUCCCAGGAGCAGAAAAGGCCAAGGACAUCAACCCACUACGCUCCCAUCCUCGAUCAAACUGCCUGCUCAUCGACGGAGAAACCAUCGAACAUAGUCCUCAAUCCAAUGGAUGACACGGUGGCUCAAAACAGCGUAUCCGAUUUCCAAUCUGCCCAGACAAGCCUACAUUCUAACCAUCUCGGCCAACCCAACCACUUACAUACUACCAAUUCUGGAGUUGCCUUGCUGUCGGACUCUUAUCCCGUCGAUUAUUCCACCCAUUUUCUUGAUUAUGGCUGUCCAUCGUUUGGCGAAUCGAUGAAUUGGAUCCCUCCCAGCAUUUACCCUUCGCCAUAUGAUGCAGAGCUUGAACAAGACUUUUCUUUCAUCCUACCCCCCUUUUCUGACACCGCCAUUUCUGUUCAAGAUUAUGAAUUUGGUCUGGCUCCCGAAUCCAACCAUGGCCUUUUCGGUGCGACGGGUUCGGUGUCGCAAGGUGUAGGACAUGACCAUCUUUCGACAGAUCCUCUUCAGGGUUCGCAAACAAGUCCCACUUCCUCCACGAGCGAUGCUGGAAGAGAAGCUUCUUCGAGCACAGCUGUCAGCACAUCAAAUCAAAAGCGUAAAAAGCGUAAAUCGUCACUAAUGCCAGACGUCUUGUCCAAGCCACGGUCAACGAAAACAAACUAUUGCUUUCCAACUCUACAAGAUCCGUCACUCUUCAGCAAUCCAUCCAGAAUCCCUUGCGAUUAUUGUUCCCCAGCGUCACACAGCAAGAUUGCCAGCAUGUUCCACAGUCUCUGUGUUACAUCCACAAGAGCAUUAGCUCCAUUCACAAGCCCGUAUUUUCCAGGACUAGCUGAGUUCAACUGUUUCUUGGACUUGUAUUUUGAACAUUUUCACCCAAAUUUCCCCCUGAUUCACCGCCCGACUUUUCGAGAACAAUCUCAUUGGUUGACCAUAGUCGCCGUCGCCGCUAUCGGAAGUGUUUUUUAUACGUCACAAGACGCACCAGACCUUGGAGAAGCUUUUCAAGAAUUCCUUCUGCGUGCCAUUCAACAACACCAUGAUGAGUCUCCCCCAGAUACUGUGCUGGAUGUUCCUCUUGCUCAAGCUCGAAUAUUGAAUCUUGUCGGCUUGGUACAGUCUGGCCGAGAGCAUCUCAGAACACUGGCGCCUCGAUACCAUGCAGAACUUUCCCGUUGGUGUCUGGAAUCAGGGAUUCUUCAAAUCAACCGGUCAGAUGACCAGCUGCUGGACACUCCAAUCUCUGAAAAUAGCGGAGUCGCCCAACUUCGAAUGCAUCAAUGGAUCGACGCUGAGACAAUUCGAAGGAUUGGUUAUUUCACAUGGAUCCUCGAUUGCUCCCUCGGAUACAUGGCCAACUCCCGACCUCUCUUCAACAUGGACGAUGCAAGGGCCCCAAUGCCUUGCGCCGAUGACGUUUGGGAAGCAUCUACUUUGGACGCAUGGGUCGAGGCGAUGAAAGACAUGAUUCCCACCACAAGCCUUUGCGCCGCGAUCGAAACCCUCUACAACAAGAAGAAUGUCGAUUCAUGCCAGAGCAAUUUCUCUCAAUUACUGUUGAUCCAUGCCCUGUACCAACGAACUUGGGAGGUGGGGACACAUAUAAAGCAGCCUCUUAGCGAGUGGGUUCCCACCGGUAAAUCCCGCGGAUUUCUCAACACGCCCACAAAGGACAACUUCUGGCUUCCACUGUAUCCGCUGUACGCCAACUGGCGAAAUAGUGCCUGUGACUGUUUGGACGUCCUGCACUGGCAGGCCAACAGUUUGGUUGCAAGGGCUUCUGGUGUUGAACACACCGUAGUGCUGCAUCUCCAUCUUGCAAGAAUGGUCCUACUCACUCCUUUUCAGGAAAUUCAAGAUCUGCUAUUCUCAUUGAUUGGAAAGGUCGGAAAGUCGACGAGGGCUUCAUUCUACGUCCACGAUGGUAGCUACCAGCCGCGAAAUGACGCCAAAUUGCCCCAGAUCCGGAAAAUCACGUGGCGAUGGCUUCGAGAAGACCAGCACAAAGCCCGGCUUGCCAUGGUUCAUGCAGGCUCGGUUUUUUGGUACAUCCGUCGAUACUCCACGAUGAGCUUCUACGAGCCAUUUGCCCUCUACCUGGCAGCACUGGUCUUGUGGACUUAUGGCUCCUAUCAAUCAACCGCCAUGGAGCGGCCGUUAGCCAGCAGCCAUAAGGAAGACGGUGAAUCUAGCGGGCAAGAGAGAUCAGGAGCGGUGCAGCCUUCUAGGAUGGAGAGAAUGGAGCGGCCAAUCCAUUUCAUAAAUCAGUCGACGACUCAACCCGAAGACGCUUCAGCUUUGGACACCGUACCAUGGCGCAGACCGACAGCCGACAAAAGUGCAGACGCAAACAGGCAACCAUCAAUAAGCAUGGGACCAUCUUCUCUAGACAGCGAUGAUGCAUCCUCUUCGUCGGAUGGUCGACCCGAAUUUAUCCACUUGGACCGGCCGUGCGAUGAUGAAAUUGUCCAGCACUUUGUACGUAACGGGCACAACAUGUCAGGUUACAUGACCAAUGUCGGCGAUAUUUGCAAAUCCCCCCAGAAAGUUGUAAUGGAGGGGGCAAAACUGUUGAGUACUAAAUUGUCCCAUUGGGGCGUAAGUCGGGAAUACUAUGAGAUUCUGACAAAAUUGGCCGAGUUGAGAAAAGCUGGCUGAUAUAGCCUGAGGGCUGUGUCCACCUAGG